ACUCUUGGAAAUUUCUAUUUGAGUAAUUGAUAUGGGAAUUGUUUUGUUGGGCAUACGAAGACGACAGAAUAUUUCCCCUUAAACUCACUUUUAAUUCCAUCAAAUGAGAGUAAAGGACGCAGGAAACACAUCCACAUUCGAAGAAUAGAGAUUUUAUCAACUGUUCAAGUGGUGUUUUACCAAUAAUGUUUGCAAAAUUUCUCAAAAUCGCUCUAUUCAUAAAUUUGGUGCUAUGUAAACCACCCAAAAGACUUUCUGACACAAUUCCUGCAACUUGUCACGCUUGUCAUCCCAUAGCUCCAGAGAAAAUAAACAUUCAUUUGGUACCACAUUCACAUGAUGAUGUAGGGUGGGUUAAAACAACAGAACAAUACUAUUAUGGCUCCAAAAAAAAAGUCCAGUUUGCUGGAGUCCAAUACAUUAUUAGUUCAACAAUAGAAGCCCUAAAACGCAACCCUAAGCGCCGUUUUAUUCAAGUCGAGUCAGUUUUUUUUUCGAAAUGGUGGCAAAACCAGGACGAAACUCUCAGACAAGAAGUGAUCGAAAUGGUCAAGAGAGGCCAACUGGAAAUCGUCAACGGUGCCUGGACCAUGAACGACGAAGCUGAUACGAAUUAUCAGUCGAUCAUCGACCAGUUCACUUGGGGUUUUAGGUUUCUGGAUGAUAAUUUGGGUAAAUGUGCCAGACCUAAAGUGGGCUGGCAGAUCGAUUCGUUUGGACAUAGCAGAGAACAUGCCUCGAUUUUGACCCAAAUGGGCUUCCAAGGCUUGGUCAUUGGUCGACUGGACCACAGGGAUAAAGAGAAAAGGCAGCAGGAGAAGAAUUUGGACUUUGUGUGGCAAGCUAGCGCCAAUUUGAACAAUUCGGCGAUUUUCACAACAAUGUUUCCCGAAUUUUACGUCAGUAUUGAAUGCUUUUGCUUUGAUAUACUCUGUGAUGACGAAAUGAUUAACGACGAUGUGAAAAGUCCCGAAUUUAAUUUGAACGAAAAAGUCUAUAUGUUUUCGCAAGCAAUGGAUCAGUUUAAGGAAUACUACAAGACCAAUAAUAUUCUAUUACCGAUGGGUGGCGAUUUUACGUACCAAGCAGCCGAGAUCAAUUUUUCCAAUAUCGAUAAACUCAUCAAAGGGUUUCAGGGACAUAAGAAAUAUAACGUUUUCUACUCAACUCCUUCGUGUUACAUUGCAGCUGUUAAUGAAGAAGUUAACAGAAAAGGGAUUAAACUGCGAACGAAAACUGACGAUUUUUUUCCAUAUUCUUUGACAAGAGACGCUUUCUGGACUGGAUAUUACACAUCAAGACCCACUUUAAAACGAUUUGAAAGGGUCGGAAAUAACAUUCUUCAAGCAGUCAAGCAAUUAACCACGUUCUCCCGAAUCAAAGGAAAGGAUAAGUCAUAUUUUAUUGAUAAUCUACGUGGUGCUAUGGGCAUUAUGCAACAUCAUGAUGCUAUAACUGGUACUGAGAGAGAGGCAGUUGCUAAAGAUUACGUCAAAAUGCUCAAUAAAGCAAUAAGAGAGGCGGAAACACCCAUUGGAAUGAUCAUUGGUGAUCUUUUAAAGAAAAAUUUACAUGAGGUUGAUUUACAUUUAACGACUUGUUUGUUGGCCAAUGUUAGUAUCUGUGAGACUACCAAAAAGGCCAAGUUUGUGGUGACUGUCUACAACCCUUUGUCACGUUCUGUAAAUCACUAUGUUCGACUACCCGUUGAAGGUACAAGUUAUAAAAUUACGGGACCUGACGGUGAAGAAGAAUACGACAUUUUUGAAAGCAUCUCUUCUUUUGACUACAUCACCGAAGAAACGAAACCAAGCGCCAGAGAACUAGUUUUCGCAGCCAGAAACAUACCACCACUCGGCCUAAAAUUGUAUUAUGUUGAACUAGUGGAAGGUUUUGAUCAUUUACGCCCUUUCGAGCACGUCACAGAUGAAUAUUACGGAUCUGAGUGUGAUGGUUUUACAAUUGAUAACGCUUCCGGAAUGCUAUCUUCUAUAACAAUAAGAGAACUAACAUUGAACAUUACUCAAGAAUUUUUUUAUUAUUCCGGUUAUAGUAAAUUCCGCCCUUCUGGUGCGUACGUUUUCCGGCCACAAGACCCGCUACCAAAACAAUUCAAAUCACGAAAAGUCACAGUUAAAGCCGCCAAAGGUAAACUUGCGGAUGAAGUUUUACAAAUUUACAAUUCAGAAGUGAGUCAAAUAAUUCGCGUUUACAAAAACGGCGAAGGUUACGUUGAAUUUGACUGGUUGGUGGGAAAUUUACAAACACAUGGAUUAGGGAAAGAAGUGAUCACGCGUUUUGAGGUGCCAGGUUUGAAGAACAAAGGAGUUUUUUUCACUGAUUCAAACGGAAGGGAACAAAUCAAACGAGAGUUGAAUAAAAGAAGUGAUUAUGAGUACGAUCCAAGGAAUGAACCGGUGUCUAGUAAUUACUACCCAGUCACGUCAAAAAUCGUGAUUAAAGACGUGGAGAAUGAUUUGGAAGUUGCGGUUUUGAACGAUAGAGCCCAAGGUGGUACGAGUUUAAAAGACGGAGUUAUUGAAUUGAUGGUGCAUAGAAAACUUGUCCGGGAUGAUGGGUAUGGUGUUGAAGAAGUGCUAAGGGAGAGGGAGUACCAUCGUGGGUUGUAUGCAAGAGGGCAACACUACUUGGUUUUUGGUUUUGUUGGCAAUGAUGUUAAAACAGAAAAAUCCAUAUCUGCGUAUGAACGCGACUUAGCAAAUCAGAAAUUGUUGGCACCUUGGAUCCUAGUUGCUGAUGCUACGAAAGAAAAAAUAAAUUCGUUGGAAAAAACACGAAAAUUGAUUAAUUUUCAGUUUAACGGUCUUACAAAGUCACUUCCGGAAAAUGUUAAGAUUUUGACUUUGGAGCCUUGGCGGGACAAUACUUACAUUUUACGGUUGGAACACACUUUGGAAGAAGAUGAAGAUUGGGUUUUGUCGCAAAAAGUUAUCGUUGAUUUAGAAAACCUUUUCUCGACUUUUUCAAUUUGUGAAAUUGGCGAGACAACGUUGGGAGCGAAUCAGUGGUUAGGUGACUAUGCAGAAGAAGAGAAAUUGAUAUGGAAUGACAAAUUACCGACCCCUUGGACAAAAUUGAACCCGAAUGAUCCUCUCAAAAUCGAAUUAAAUCCAAUGCAAAUAAGAACGUUUUUAAUAAAAGUUGACACAAAAUAAUAUUUUUUCGUGUAAUAAAUUUAUUAUUCAAGAUA